AUGCGUAUGAACUUAUUAGCGCUAUUAUACGUGGCUGAGGCAGCCACCGUCGCCGCCGGGUUGGCGAGCGUCGGUUGGCUGCCAGCUACGGCCAAUCAAGAGCCUGUAGAGCCGUCAAUAGAGGAAGUCGAGCGCAGCAUAUUCGAGAACUGGAUGAUGUCCCGCCUCGCAGUGCGAGAGUUCGGGCGCUUCGACAUGGUGGAGCAGGGGAACGGCCGCUUGCUGCGAUGGGGUACGGUGAUGGUCCCGCGCAGGUUGGAGAUCAUGCUGCACCUUCUGAAUUCACCGGUACUACAUGACUCUACGCUAAACACUACGGAUAUUCCGCAAGGCACGAUGAAUCACUUCCAGCUUUUAAGCACGCCGCUGAGGGUGCCGGCAGGAGGGACCGCCCACGUGCUGGCGGUAGCGCUGCUGCGCAACGACAGGGCAAAGUUGAAGCAAUAUGAGGGAUUCAAACGAGACACUGAUUCUUGGCCCACUUAUUUGGAUAAUGAGGCUGCCUACACCUACCUGUGGCGAGUGCUGUCGCAGCAAUUCAAGGUGUACCGGCAGCCCCUGCCGCAACACGGGGCCCAACUCAGGAAUCAGCUGAUCUAUUGCUAUCGCAACUACGAUAACGAGAUCCUGAUAUUCAAAUAUCACGUUGCGUUAGACAUCAGCAAGCAUAACAAGUUCACAAAGCUUAUAUCGCACUGGUCCGUGGACAAGAUGCCUGUAAACCAGGAUUAUGCUUUCAUGCUAGACGGCCUGCUGGCAAAGGCCGACCGGUCCUACUAUCCUGAGGAAAUGUUCGACAACAUCGGCCACUUUUCAGACUUCGUGAACUCUUUUGGGAAAACUGACGAGAAACUAUUGAAAAUGAUAAUGAGGCGCCCGCUAUUGAAGCCAAGGAUGACACUGGACGAGUGUCUGGAUGCGGAGGCCGAGCACAUCGCCAAAAUCACGAUUAGGUUGGCGCAUGUGUUGAUGGGCCGUAUGCUGGUGAAACAUGGAAUACCAGCGUUUAGGGCCAUGAGGUCAAGGCGAAAUCUGUGGCGGGUGCACGGGGUAGUGGGGACGCUAAAGCGGAUUAGGACUGCAGUCAACGAACAUCUGCUGUCCAUUCCUAGUGAUGACGGCGCGCAGUCACUCCCGCUGCCCAAUGAGCGAGACGAAAUCGAGGAGAUACUCUUCGAGUCCAGCAAAGCGUUCCGACCAUACUGGACCAUGAAAAACGAUACCCUAUACAACACUGCAUCGGACACGCUGAAUUCCGAUGCGAACAAGCCUGCAGGACUGUUAUUCGACCCCAACCUAUUUCUACAACGUCUGCUGAAUAUAAAGGCAGAAAAAAUCGACUUCCAGGAGGCGCAUGACAUUCUGCACAGACUAACCGUGCCAUCGACACCGACACGAGCACAGGCCUUAUUCAAGACCCACGAUACUUGCCGCAUUGUCGACAACAUGUUAGACAAGGUUGCCGAGCAGUACGAGUCGCUGCCAGCGCCCGUACGUGGCAAGUUGGUGGCAAAGUGCCGGUGCCUCCUCGCCUUCCUAUACAUGUUCGGAGUUGUAGCUCCGAAUGGCCGCCUUGAAUUGCCAGGAGGAUGGCCCCGUGACAUCGUGCGCAGCCUGGCUUACAUCACUGAUGGUAUCGGGUCUUCAUGCGGCAUGUGCAACUCCAUACUCGGGUUCCUGUCAGGCAUCGGCUAUCCACCCGUGGCGGAUAACAUGUACGCCUGGGAGACGAGGAAGACGCAUCUCCACUCCACAGUCUACCAGAUGUUGGUAACAUCCGGCCGCACUAUCCGCAAGCGUCACACGGAGUACUACGAUAAGACGUUGUUAAGCUACCUCAGCGGGCACUACAAGGAGGAUGAUGCAUCUAGUCUGGCCGUCGGUUACUACCUGUACAGUGGCAUCGGAGCGCCGUCGCGCAUGCUGGACGACAUACACGUCCGCUCAGGAGUAGAGAGAAGUCCCAAGUCCGUCGGGAGCAAAUGUAUUGAAGCUCUGCCGUACGUCCUCGACGCCGCGAAAUCUGCGAUGCGCACACGUGUAUAUUCGAAUAACGAUGAGGGCAGCGAAGAGUACCGCUCACGUCGCUAUGUGGAGUUUGUAAGGAAACUCGCAAUGAUGGGUGAUGUUGACGGACUGCGUGUGAUGGGAGACUUCCACUUCACGGGCCACGAGGCAGGCAACAUCAGGGUUGAUGUGCCCAUGGCCCUGCAGUACUGGGCUCGGGCAGCGCAUAGCGGUGACGUCAUGUCCGCACUCACGAUGGCAAAUCACCUUAUCAACCUGUUGGGCUACGAGGGAAACGGCGGCAACUCAACACAACCAGGGGAACGUAACAGCGAUGAUGUCAUUAUCAGCGCCCAGCAGCUGCAGUUGGACGGCACUUCACGGGAGGAUAUAGAGCGCGCCGCUGAACGGUACCUUCGCAUAGUAUCGGAAUCAAACAACCAACUUGCCGCGUCCACUGCAAGAUUUUACGCGGCACGUUACGGUAUAGGGCAACAGAGGGAUCCAAUCGUAGCUGCGCGGAAUCUGCAAGAGGCGGCGGACAGAGGCGACACCAAUUCGCAGGUGCUGAUGGGCCACGCCUAUGCGGGUAUGCUCAACGAUAUCACACCAGCAGACGGAAAGAAUGUCUUCAUGGCGCUGGAAUACUACAGGCGCGCUGCAAAAAGCGGCAACGUCGUGGCCGCAUUCAACACGGCCGUGCUAACUCUGCAUGGGUACGAUCUGAAGUACACCUCCUCAGUCGAUAGGUGCAAGGCGUCGUUCACGUUCUUCCAGCAGGUGGGGAGACAGUCACUGUUCCCCGCCGUGGUUCGAGCCCUCUCCGUACGUGCGGCACGGCACGGUGAUGAAUUGGGUCACGCUCUUCUGAGCAUGUUCCUUUCGGAGAUGGGCGACCCCAAGGCGCACAUCGAGGCAGCGAACCAUUUCAAGAACAACCAUAAGCUGUGUUACGUGGGAGGAGAGGUAACUCUCGUUAAAACACCGGGUCCGGGGAGGAUUGCAAGCACUGCAGUGAGCCCUUCCCCACCUACCACCGGUGUAUCGAAGGUGUCUGUUACCAGUGACGCGGAUAAAUUGAAGGAACAACUAAAGACGGAUGAUGGUGCUACGAAAAACGUAGGUACCGCACCAUACGCGGAUUCUAGCAAGUCCGCAAUGCCCGGCAAGCCAGCAAAAAAUGCGCUCGCCGAGCUGCCUAGGAGAAGCGUUGGCAUAUUCACACCGUAUGUUCAAGAUGAUCAGCAUUCCGGCACGUCCGAAUGCCACAUCUUUUACGCUCGGCGCAGCGGUCAUGAAACCAUGGGUGGGUCGCCACUGCUGCUGGCGGAGGCGCUCAUGGAACGUUAUCCGGAAGAGUCGGCGGAAUGGGUGCUUGAGGCGAAGAUCCGCAACGAGCCCAAGGCCGCAUACCUCUACGCAACGAUGCUGGAGGCAGGCACCGGUGUUGCGCAGGAUUGCCCGGCGUCAUACGGGUACUACAGCUCCAUGACCGAAUCGCGGGAGCACACCAACAAGAUGCUCGGAUUCCUCUGCAUCCAGCGUGCACGCAUCGCACACCUCCUACACGGGUGGCGCUAUCCAUACGGAUGGUUCGUCUCUAGCUUCUACGAUGCGGCGGUCGUGCCGCAUCUACUUGCGAAGGACUACAAGCCGUGCCACUUCGCCCUGCCCAUCAUCAAACCGCUGGAGACUUUCAGCGACAAGUUUAUCACCGUGACCUUCGCCAUUGCGGUCGCAUUGUCUUCUUUGGUUUACAUAAAGCUCCGAUAA